GAUUGCGUGGGAGACACAACAAGGGGUGGGGGCCCGCAGGCGGGGCGGGGCGAAGCAGGUGAUAUCCAGCCCAGAGCCCCAGCCUCUGCCCACAGUCUCACCAUGGCCCGCACCGUGGUGCUCAUCACCGGCUGUUCCUCGGGCAUUGGCCUGCACUUGGCCAUACGUCUGGCUUCAGACCCAUCCCAGAGCUUCAAAGUGUAUGCCACGUUAAGGGACCUGAAAACACAGGGCCGGCUGUGGGAGGCGGCCCGGGCCCUGGCGUGCCCUCCGGGAUCCCUGGAGACAUUGCAGCUGGAUGUAAGGGACUCAAAAUCCGUGGCCGCUGCCCGGGAACGCGUGACCGAGGGCCGUGUGGACGUGCUGGUGUGUAACGCAGGCCUGGGCCUGCUGGGGCCGCUGGAGGCGCUGGGGGAGGACGCUGUGGCCUCUGUGCUGGACGUGAACGUGGUGGGGACUGUGCGGGUGCUGCAGGCCUUCCUGCCAGACAUGAAGAGGCGUGGUUCGGGACGCGUGUUGGUGACCGGGAGCGUGGGAGGAUUGAUGGGGCUGCCCUUCAAUGACGUUUACUGCGCCAGCAAGUUCGCGCUCGAAGGCUUAUGCGAGAGUCUGGCGGUUCUGCUGCUGCCCUUUGGGGUCCACUUGAGCCUGAUCGAGUGCGGCCCAGUGCACACCGCCUUCAUGGAGAAGGUGUUGGGCAGCCCAGACGAGGUGCUGGACCGCACGGACAUCCACACCUUCCACCGCUUCUACCAAUACCUCGCCCACAGCAAGCAGGUCUUUCGCGAGGCGGCGCAGAACCCUGAGGAGGUGGCGGAGGUCUUCCUCACCGCUUUGCGCGCCCCGAAGCCGACCCUGCGCUACUUCACCACCGAGCGCUUCCUGCCCCUGCUGCGGAUGCGCCUGGACGACCCCAGCGGCUCCAACUACGUCACCGCCAUGCACCGGGAAGUGUUCGGCGACUGUCCGGCAAACGCUGAGGCUGGGGCCGGGGCUGGGGGCGGGGCCGGGCCUGGGGCAGGUGCCGAGGCCGGGGCCAGUGGGGUGGGGGACCCUGAGCUCGGCAAUCCUCCGGCCGCCCCGCAGUAAAGGCUUUCUCAGCCGCUGUCUCCCGC